ACACCUUACUCGGUCCGUGUAAAUGCUGCCCCAACCACCACCCACCUCCAUCAGUGCUUCUGGUGGUGCUAUAUCUACCCUCACCCGGCCUCACCCACCAUAGCUCCUCUCCUCCAGGUUGACGAUUUUCUUUACCAAGAUGUCUUGCUCCGGGAGUUGCGAGGGAGAUGAUGAUGCAGCUGACCAGCACCAUGCCCCUCAGAUCCAGGGUUUAGAUCUGAACAAGGAAGGUGUGACAUACACUUCAAGGAUCUCUGUGAAGCAAGUCGUCAGUGUCAUCGAGGGGUUUACCGAGUACAAGAAGUGGCUGGUGGAGGAGAUCAGAUUUGGAGGUAUACUUAAGCUACAUAAGUACCAGAAGUUGAAUCUUAGACUUAGUUCUUGGUUAAUGAGCAAGGUAGACGUGCAUCGGCGUGCUAUAUGCAUCACCGAGAAGAAGGUGUUGAGGUUCUGGGCAGAGGAUGUAGCUAAGGUGUUCGGAGUACCGGCUGGCAGUCGCGAUGUCAAAGGCCGUGAUGCAGACAUCAACCCUGAUUCAGUUGAGUUCAUCAAGUGCACGCUUAGGAUGGACCAAGCUGGAGCUCACAGCCUUAGAGCAGCAGAGGAUUUCUUGAAGAGGGAUAUAAUAGAGGACUCUGGCAAGCUGGAGAAGGAUUUUUUCCAGAUAGCUUUUGUCAUAUUUGCGAUGGGACAUCUUCUAGCCCCGUCUACGAAGCACAAUUACGCCACAAUUGAUUUCUGGGGGGCUCUAGCUAAUCCUGAAAUGAUCCAACAGUUCAACUGGUGUGAGUACGUCUUGCAAUGCCUGAUCGACGCGGUUACGAAGCUAAGGAGGGACAUUGCUAUGGGCACACAGACAAUCAAUUUGACCGGCUGUCAUCUCUUCCUGCAGGUGUUCUUCCUUGACAACUUGGAUCUCGGGAUCUUCAACAAGAAGCAUGAUGCAAUGCCUCGGAUAAGUGUUUUUGACCAGGACACAUUAUGGCGCAUGAUCACAAUGGCAACGGAUGUUGGCUCUUCCCCAUAUACAUACUCAUCUGCUCCGCUUAGGGACUCUUCACUAGUUUGCUAUACGAGGGGUAAUUUCACUAGCUCUGUCCACCGACGUCGUGAAGUUGCCCAUUCACCACACCGCCCUAAGGAUUUAUGUGUUUCACAUACUAUGUCGCGCGUGAAUGUUCCGGGCGAGCCUUCUCGGGCCGGGAAUUCUGCAUCACCGCUCACCCCGGCUCGGAAAGUCACUGCUUCGGAAUACAGUCAGCAUGUGCAGCGACAUUACCCCCAGAUGUUUGGAGAUCCUCUUGCCAUACUAAUGCGUCAACAGAACGCUCGGGCCCUUCUCCACAUCAACAAUGCCAUGCAGAACAUUCAAGCCGACAUGAUACAAUUCACGGACAAGGUUUUCGCAAACAUACGGUCCCGAUGUGUUUGUUGUUCAGCAAGAGGUUUCACAGACUGCCCUGUCAGAGAUGAGUGUGAUUCUUCCGACCGUUACCUUCAUCGCUAUUCACCAACCGUCGCAGCUACUAAUCGCAAUACCGAACCGCCAUCCGGUGUGAAUGCCCAGUUCAGAACCCUAGCAUGUAACAAGAUCCUAGGCCGGCGCCUUGACAUGUUCGAUCCAGAAGUUGACGUUGACUCAGGCGUUUUCAACUCUAACACCAACGCUAAGCAGGCAUGCAGCGACCCGAUCACAAAUCAAGUCCACAAGAGGGCCAGGCCUGCCUCCAUUGACACUGCCCCAGCCGGCAGCGCUUCACUGAUGUUCGAGAGCAUCAAGAAGUUUGCUGCCUCAGUCGCCCUAUCCUUGGUGGACCGUUACAAAAAGCUCCCUCCACAAGCCCCUCAUGUUCAUCUGUUCGGGACGUCCACUCGAGCCAUUCCCAGGAGAAAAUAUGUAACCGCCACUGGUUUUGCAUCUGAUCCAUGGAUGAAAGGAUAUUGCCCCCCACCAGCGAAAGGGUCCCCCCUCAUGCAAUCACUCCAGGAGUUCACACGCACCGCCAGUCCUGAAAUUCUUAACAGUCCCUGGAUCAUCCACAAUAGCCCGCGCCACCUUUCCGUCACAGGUGCUGACGUCAGCCAUCAAUUACUUGCUGUAAUCGAGCUCGAUCAUGAAUUAUUUUCUGCUCUCCUGCGACGGUUCACGCAGCUGUACAUGGAAGAUAACCCCGACAAGCCUUACAUGAGCUACGAUCACUUCAUGGAUCUUGAUUUCGCCACACUUGUUCUGGCAGGACACGACUACACUCGUCUAGCUCACAUACAGGACCAGUUCAUUGGCUCGGAAAUCAUGUACCCUUUGCAUGCUUGCCAGCUGUUUUAUGUACCAUCGUCAAUGUCUCAUGGUUGCGUCCUAUACAUCUGGGACAUGGUUACAUCAACCAUACAUGUCCUGGACCCAAUGUUUGGACCCAGUGGUUGUACUCCUUCAGUUAAAGCGAGGCACGAGGCUGCUAUUUCAAUACUCCAUGACGGGCUGUUUACAUGUCUGACAGAGUUCUUCUCUGGGUGGCCAGUUGAUAAAGCAAAAUGGUCCACUAAGUACCAACGUGUAGCUGACACACUCAUCACGAGGGAAGACUCUGCAGUAUGCGUUCUUCUCCUCUUGAAGCAUUUCGACGGCAAGAAGUGUAGGGUUCCAUUGACCAAGGCAAACAUUGACAGAACUCGGCAGUUUGCAUUCUACGAAUUGUUCAGGCUGCAAGGGAACAAGUCAUUUGUUCCAGCAGACAUCAUGUGGCGUAUCUUGGCACCACCGGAAAUGGAGGACCAAACAUCCUCAGCAGCUGUGUAGCUCGCCCCCUGAUCUGAUGAAAUUUGCUAAUGCUGCCUGCGCCGGCUGAAGCCCGCCCAAUCCCUUGUUAUCGAGCUUUGUUACUGGCUUGUACAGUUUUUUAUCAACCAGACCGCGCCCUUAAUUCGCAUGCUACCUAUCAACGAACCUACUUGUUUGGUUUUAUCUGCUUCUUAUUUUGCAUACGGUGAUGUACUCCGGUCGUCCCAAAAUUCCGGUCUUCAACUAGUCUACAUACGAAUUUAUCUAUGAUUGAAACGUGACUUCACACAACCGUAUGUACAAUCUUAUAUGUCAAGAAUUUUGGGACGGACCGACUA